GUGUGCAACCGCUAGCUGUGGGAAAGAACUGAGGUCAGGGAGGAAGGUUUGCUGAGUAACGGGUUUAUCACAUUGCCUACUAUUAUCAUUCAUUUUGUUGCUGUACUUGCUCCUGAAAACAUGCCACAGCCAGCUCUCAAGCAUAAGCUGCCCUGGGCGCCAGUGGGCCAACUGCUGCUGACCAGUGCAGCCCUCCAGCUUCUGACCUCAGGUAGCUGCACUUUGGGCUUAACUCCAACCUUGUCACCACCCCGGAAUGUGAUAAUAAAUGGUGAGAGAAAGACACUGUUACUCUGCCUGGCAGACGACCUCUCGGAGGAUGCUUUGAACACCAUUUGGUUUUCCAGUGGAAAUGGGAGUGUGUUGCAGUCCUCCAGCUAUGGGAUCUCCCGGGAAGAAGAUGGGACAUUUAGUGCAGUGUCUCAUAUUUCCAUCAGCACCCAAGAAUUUGAAUCAUGGGAGACGGUCACUUGCUAUGUUGCUCAAAACCAGACAACGAACUGGAGCAUCUCGUCACUUCAAAUAUCUGAAGAAAAUACAGGUGACCUGUGCUUGGAUGAAAGCCAAGAAGCAGGCCAAGGUCAGACAUUAUUGCCUGAUGUUCUACAUAGUCGAGCACACGUCCUGCUUCUUUUGGCCACUCGAAUUCUGCUAUUCAAGAUCCUCUUGUUUGAUGUGUUGAUGACUUGCUGCUGCCUUUACAAGAGAUAAAGCAUCCGAUCAAAUAGGAAGCUGCUCGACUCUUCUGCAGUUCAUCAUCACAGUUAAAACUGGCUAUCCCCACAGUACAUUGUCACUACAGAUAGCACAGAGAAACAAUGAACUCCAAGAAGAGUUGAUUUGGGCACGUUCAGGUAAAAGGAAGACACCUCAGAGGUGAAGCAGAAUAUGUGUACAGAAGAAAAGUGAAUUGCUAGACGUGGAAAAAGGGACAAACAGCUACCCUGAAGUGCCAGUUUGAAAACAGGUUGAGAAAAACGUGUGACAUAUGCCAGGUUUCAAGGCACCAGCUGACGUCUCAGGGACCCACUUUGCUUCCUUCCACACAGAGAGGCAAAUCUCAGGGCAAAAGAUGUUGGAAGAGAAGAAAGCUGGAUUUCACUGUGGGUGAUGGCUUUGGUAUUGGGAUCCUCAUUCCCAUCUCAGUCUCAACUGGGGCCAAGGCACACUAGCUGAGUGUGAAGGUGCUGUGAAUUGUUUUGGAGGCUGUGCGAGAAAGCCAUACUCUGUCUCACUCAAGCACACACACUUGCCAACAUAAUAAUGGCCAAAAUUCUGGUGCAUGUUUACAUGUGUAUUACUCAAGCAGCAUUAACUCUCUCAAUAAAUAACAUGCUAGUUAAGAUAUCAGCAUAUGCCAUGUUGUAUAAGUUGGUGCACAACAGUAAAAGCCUUCACUGACUUUUUAACUUGCAGCAAUGUGUUUGUUGCCAUGACGUACCCUGACUGCAUUAUGCCAGCAGGUGUAACUCGUAGGAUUUGGGCUACUAUUUACAAAUGGAAAUCAAGGGCCUCCCUUCCGUGACUUCCUAUGGG